GACGCGUCAGAUCAUUGCUGCCUGGUCGGGCAGACUGGAGCGUGCGCUCGAGGCAGAUCCAUGGGGCGACGCCUGCAUCGCCGUGACGGACCAGAAGCUGGAGGUGCGCCUCAGUGGGAGAGAUUGGCAGAACUACCACCUGCAGGGGUGGUGCCAGAUGGCGCUCGAGAGGUUGCCCGUGCUGGCGCGCUCGCUCCCGGUGGACCUCGACAUCUCGAACAACCAGAUAAGCGACGCUGGGGUCGACCACCUCCCUGCGACGCUCGUCGACAGUCGUGCGGCGGCGGACGUCGGCCACGGCAUUCUUUGA